CGACGUCGCGCGUCGGCGGCUCGGUCGUCGCGCUGGGGGCCAGCGAGGUGGCGGUGGGUGGCGGGUGGCGCUCGCGGGCGCUGGAUGCAGCAGGAGCGGCGGCGGCGGGCGUGGGCCCCGGCGCCGUGGCGAUGACGGUGCAACGGGAAGAGCGCGACGCGCGCGCGCCCCGGACCCGAUUCAUGAUCACGGACAUCCUCGACGCGGCGCCCCGGGACCUCAGCGCGCACAGGGAUUCCGACUCGGAUAGAUCAGCUACGGACUCACCAGGUGUUAAAGAUGACUCAGACGACGUAUCAAGCAAGUCAUGUGGUGGAGAUGCUUCCGCUCUUUCGAAAAAGCAGAGGAAAGCUAGAACAGCGUUUACGGACCACCAGCUGCAGACCCUGGAAAAGUCGUUUGAGAGGCAGAAGUACCUCAGCGUGCAAGACCGCAUGGAGCUAGCUGCUAAACUAGGCCUUACGGAUACUCAAGUCAAAACUUGGUAUCAAAAUAGAAGGACGAAAUGGAAACGCCAGACAGCUGUCGGACUAGAACUUCUAGCUGAGGCGGGCAACUAUGCAGCUCUUCAGCGGUUAUACGGCGGGUACUGGGCGGGGGUGCCCGCGUACCCCACGCAGCCCGCACCAACUGCUGACCUCUACUACAGGCAGGCUGCUGCUACAGCCGCAGCGGCUGCCUCUGCCUCUGCGAAUACGCUGCAGAAACCUUUGCCUUAUCGGUUAUACCCAGGCGCGCCUCUAGCGGGUGUCCCACCUUUGGGCCUCGGGCUGCCGGGCCCGUCAGCACACCUCGGCUCCCUCGGGGCCCCAGGUUUGGGGGCUCUAGGUUACUAUGCGCAGGCGAGGCGUACUCCCUCGCCAGACCUAGACCCGGGAAGCCCCGCGCCGCCUCAUCGAUCCCCUCGGGAGCCCUCCAUGGAACGGCGCACCGACGACGAAGAUGACGACGAACCCAUACACGUGUAGAUCCAGUGGUCUGUGCUUUAAAAACUUACAAAAAGUUUGCCGUGUUUGGACCAAAAACCUCUGUGGUUGCAAGACUUACAAGUGAAUUUAUCACGUACGCGAAGACUUACAAGUGCGUAACUAAAAGUUAUACCUACUUACUGUGAAGUGAAAAUCUGUAUAAGGUUCGGUAACCUUCCGUCGGCUCAAAGGACAGUACUUAUUUAUUUUGCUGCGUAAAGAACUUUGCGCAAGCGUCACGCGAUCUUAAGAGAAUCGUUAGUUUUUAUGAAUGGACAACGCCUGUCCGUAAUAAUUAUGUGAUAUUAUAAGCUCGGAUUAAAUAAUAGUAGUAGCUUAUGUGUAAUAUAAAUAAAUUCGAUGUCGUACAACUAUAAUAAUAAACUUAGUAAACAUAACGCUUUGAUGACUCAAAACUUAACAACAAGCUGGUCUUGAUUAUGAAAGUGUCUAACGUCAAUAAUUUCACGAUUU